UUUCUUGCUAUUCCGUCGCAAACGUGUUGCAAAUUUGCAUGGAAAUUUUUCUCUCGCAAAUUUCCCUCGCAACAGACGUGUUUUCUUGUAGUGAUUGACUACAAAUCUCCACCACCUCCUUAUGUUUACAAAUCUCCUCCACCACCAUAUUACUCGCCUUCACCUAAACCAACAUACAAGUCCCCACCACCUCCAUAUGUUUACAACUCUCCUCCACCACCAUACUACUCACCUUCACCCAAACCCACAUACAAAUCUCCACCACCACCAUAUGUCUACAGUUCUCCACCACCACCAUACUACUCUCCUUCUCCUAAACCCGCAUACAAAUCUCCACCCCCACCAUAUGUCUACAGCUCUCCACCACCACCGUACUACACGCCUUCACCUAAACAUGCAUACAAAUCUCCACCACCACCAUAUGUCUACAACUCUCCCCCACCACCAUACUACUCGCCUUCGCCUAAGCAUGCUUACAAAUCCCCACCACCACCAUAUGUCUACAGCUCCCCACCUCCACCUUACUACUCUCCUUCUCCUAAAACUACAUAUAAAUCUCCACCACCACCAUAUGUCUACAGUUCUCCACCACCACCAUAUUACUCGCCUUCGCCUAAGCCUGCAUACAAAUCUCCACCACCACCAUAUGUCUACAGCUCCCCACCUCCACCUUACUAUUCUCCUUCACCUAAACAUGCAUACAAAUCUCCCCCACCGCCAUAUGUUUACAACUCUCCACCACCACCAUACUAUUCACCAUCACCUAAGGUUGUGUACAAAUCUCCACCACACCCACAUGUAUGUGUUUGUCCACCUCCUCCUCCAUGCUACUCUCCUUCUCCAAAGAUUGAGUACAAAUCUCCACCACCACCAUAUGUCUACAGUUCUCCACCACCACCAUAUUACUCGCCUUCGCCUAAGCCUGCAUACAAAUCCCCACCACCACCAUAUGUCUACAGCUCCCCACCUCCACCUUACUAUUCUCCUUCACCUAAACCCGCAUAUAAAUCUCCACCACCACCAUAUGUCUACAGCUCUCCACCACCACCAUACUAUUCGCCUUCACCUAAACCCGCCUACAAAUCUCCACCACCACCAUAUAUCUACAGCUCUCCCCCACCACCAUACUACUCACCUUCCCCUAAGCCAACACACAAAUCUCCACCACCACCAUAUGUCUACAACUCUCCACCACCACCAUAUUAUUCUCCUUCUCCAAAAGUAGAGUACAAAUCUCCUCCACCACCAUAUAUCUACAGUUCUCCACCACCACCACCAUAUUACUCUCCUUCUCCAAAGGUUGAAUACAAGUCUCCACCACCACCAUAUGUAUACAACUCUCCUCCUCCACCACCAUAUUAUUCUCCUUCUCCAAAGGUUGAAUACAAAUCUCCACCACCACCAUAUGUAUACAGCUCUCCACCUCCACCACCAUAUUAUUCUCCUUCUCCAAAGGCUGACUACAAACCUCCUCCGCCCCCGUAUGUGUACAGCUCUCCACCUCCACCGCCAUAUUAUUCUCCUUCUCCAAAGGCUGAGUACAAAUCUCCUCCACCACCGUAUGUUUACAGCUCUCCACCUCCACCACCUUAUUACUCUCCUUCACCGAAGGCUGAGUACAAAUCUCCUCCACCACCGUAUGUUUACAGCUCUCCACCUCCACCACCUUAUUACUCUCCUUCACCGAAGGUUGAAUACAAAUCUCCUCCACCACCGUAUGUCUACAGCUCUCCACCUCCACCACCUUAUUACUCUCCUUCACCCAAGGUUGAAUACAAAUCUCCUCCACCACCGUAUGUCUACAGUUCUCCACCUCCACCACCAUAUUACUCUCCUUCUCCAAAGGUUGAAUACAAAUCUCCUCCACCACCGUAUGUCUACAGUUCUCCACCUCCACCACCUCAUUACUCUCCUUCCCCAAAGGUUGAAUACAAAUCUCCUCCACCACCAUAUGUCUACACAUCCCCACCACCACCAACAUAUUCUCCUUCACCAAAGGUUGAAUACAAAUCUCCUCCCCCACCUUCAUAUUAUUAAAACUCUAAUAUGUAACUCAUAAAUAAGAUAUCAAGUCUCAUAUGAUGUCCUAUGUUUUUAAUUCUUCUUGUUCCUCGUUCUUUUUAAAUUUUCAAGGUUCAUAUGAAUUCUUUGGCUAUUCAAAUUUCAUUUAAAUUCAUGUUUCCAUUUCAUUCAUAUGUAACCUGUUGUAAUUCUAUAAACUGUGUUCUUGACCUUAUUGUUUGUAAUAUCUAUGCUAUAUGUUACCAUUGUUA